UGCAAAAGGUGCUUUGGAUGGUGAACAAUACAGAUCCAAUCUCCAACAAAAUAUGGAUAACACAUCAGGGAAAAACCGGUGCGGCACAACCCACUUUGAUGAUGGGCAAGAACUUACGCCGCUGGAGUGCUCAAUGAUGAAUAUUAUAAAGGUUUUUCAUUCUUAUGCUGGAGAACGAUGCAAACUUACAAAAAAAGAUUUGAAAAAAAUGAUCAACACACAGAUGUCUACAUUUGUUAAGAGCAUCCAGGAUCCCAAGACAUUGGAUCGCAUAUUUACAGAUUUGGACACAAACAAUGACCAGGAAAUAGAUUUUAGUGAAUAUGCUGCACUGGUAGCCAUGGUGACCUCUGCAUGCCAUACUUCGAUCCAUGAAGAGAAAUGACUACGAUGGAAUCAAUUUAGAAAUCCUAGCUGUAGCCCUUCCCUUUAAAGCCUCAUGAACCAGUGUGAGGAUUAACACUCACCAUCAAAGAAGAGGAGUAAUACUUUAUGCCUGCGUUUGCCUUGACAUGUAAUUGUCCCUUAAACUGGGGUUGUAUAUAUAUUAUGCUCAAGUAGAUGGACAAUUCAGAGCACAGCAUUGAGGGCUAUGUGCAUUAUACUCAAGUAGAUAUAAUAUUAAGCGCACAGUUUUGAAGGCAAUGUUAUAUACCGCUAAUGCAGCUCUUCCUUAUCAUAAUUCUUUCUUUUAAUGACCUUGCAAAUGGGUGAAUAACUGAAUCUGAGCAGUGUAUUUGUCUGCAAAUGUUAAUGUAUCCAUGACAUGUUUUAUUACUUUAUUUUUAAAAUUUCACACUAAUCAUCUUCCAAGAAAUAUGAAAAGGUAAAAUGUGCUCUAUCCCUCAAAUGUUUUCUUUCGUGAUUCAGAUAGAGCAUGCAAUUUUAAGCAACUUUCUAAUUUACUCCUAUUAUCAAUUUUUCUUCGUUCCCUUGCUAUCUUUAUUUGAAAAAGAAGACAUCUAAGCUUUUUUUUACGUUCAGCACUCUGGACAGCACUUUAUUGGUGGAUGAAUUUAUCCACCAAUCAGCAAGGACAACCCAGGUUGUUCACCAAAAAUGGGCCGGCAUCUAAACUUACAUUUUUGCAUUUCAAAUAAAGAUACCAAGAGAAUGAAGAAAAUUUGAUAAUAGG